AAAAAGUAUAGUAAGCAUUUUUCUGUAUGAAUUGUUUACGGGGGGUGCUUAAUGCAGUUUUGUUUUUUAUAUCUAAGAAAGUGUCCCCACCACUUUUUCUAACAAAGUGCAUCCAUCCUUCAUAAAAUUAAAAUUAAAAGCAACGCCUUGAUGCUUUGUGAAACUGUGGCAUCAUGGGUAACAUCCACAUGCGAGCCAUGGACAUUUCCCCCCCUUUGGAGAACAGAAUGUUCUGGCUUUAGUUGUCGUGACGUGCCCCCCUCCUGCUCUUAUCUCUUCUCCUUUGUCUCACUGCAGAUAAUCUAACGCCUCCCAGUCGCAUGAGAAACGUCAUACAAACCAGACUGAGGACAUUUUGCCCUAAAACUAUUGUAGUUCUGGUCAAACAGAUGGCUGUUGGAAACCGAAGAACUCUUCAGACUGCAUUUAUUGGGUGUGUGUUGGUGGCCUGUGUAUUAUUAUCAUAUACAUAUUAUGAAUAUCAUCAUACAACCCAAGCUGUUCCAAAAGGAUUCUUCAAACAACGUAGUCCCAUGCCUCCACAAACAAAGAGAUUGCUGCCACCGAGACAUCUUCCCCCACCUGGUCCAUGCACCUGUCACAAAUCUGCAAGAAUCCUUAAAAACUAUCUGUCUGAGGAGGUGGAGCAACGCCGACAUAAAGAGUUCCAACAACACAAAGCCAGGACUGAGUCUGUGUUAUCCACACGGCUGUAUGCUCCCUCUAACUCUCCCCUGCAGUACCCUAUCCAGGGUUUCAAAGUACGACCUAUGACCUCCACCCUCAUCCCAGGUCUAGCACUGCAUGCAGAACAAAGAAGCAGCUACACGGUCUUUUUGGAAGUGUCCAAAGGAGUCCUGAAAACAGUGAUUCCAGCUGGAGGAGCGCAGGUCCAAGGUAAUGGUGAGAGCCGACUGAUGAUGGAGUCCAGUAGCCUGGAGGCCCUCAAUGAGCUGCUGGCUAAUGUGUCCUAUACCAGCACUGUUUACCACAUACACACCGGAGACCUCGCAUCCUUCAAGUUUGAGGACCAUGAAGGUGUGUUUCCCAUUACCAUCAAACAGCCUCAACCUCCAGUCCUGUACGACAUGGGAAAAGAUAUCAACUCUCAAGUCACCAUCACCACAAAGACGUUCCUACGCUACCCAGAAGUCAAUCGGUUGUUGAAAAGCAUCCGGGAGUUCUAUAAAGACAUAGAAGUCAUCAUCGCAGAUGACAGCUUCAAACCAGAGAGCAUUACUGGAGAUCACACCAAACAUUUCAUCAUGCCUCCAGGAAAGGGCUGGUUUGCUGGCAGGAACCUGGCGGUCUCCCAGGUCACCACCAAGUACUUCCUGUGGGUGGACGAUGACUUCCAGUUUACCAAGUGGACGAAUAUCGAAGAGAUGGUGAAGAUAAUGGAGGCGAACCCUGAACUCGAUGUGCUUGGUGGGAAAGUAAAAGGAAGCCAGUUUGAGUUCACUAUCAACUAUGAGGAAGGAGACGAAAUGGAAGGUGGCUGCUUGAGCAAGUUUAGGGGCGGGUUCCACUCUCUUCCUGGUUACCCACAAUGCUCAGUGACCAAUGGGGUGGUCAACUUCUUCCUGGCUCGUACAGAUGCUGCAAAGAGGGUGAGAUUCGACCCUCAGCUCAAGAGGAUAGGACACUCAGAGUUCUUCAUGGAUGGCCUGGGCUCCUUAAUGGUGGCAACAUGUGGCCAUGUGUCCAUUGGCCAUCUCGGCUCUAUGAGAAAAAAGAAGAACAAGAUGAACUACAGCAGCUUCAGGCACCCUGGGUGGAGUGAUCAAAAGUCAAAGAUGCGUAAUACAUUCUUCAAAAACUACCUGAAGUGUCUAUAAUAACGAUAGAAGAUAAUGUAGAGUGAUAAAAUGGCAAUAGUGCAUAUUCAUAUAUCAAUAAUACAAGAAAAAUGUUCCUUAUUUGAAAGUUUCUGUCUGUGUCAGUGAUAAUACUUUUGUCACACCAGAAUAUUUGCAAAAGUAUGAAUGGCAUUAUAAUAUAGGAGAGGCUAAUGUGUAUAUA